AUGGAUUCCAAGCGCCGCAAGACCGGCGACCAGGAUGUCAGCGCCUUGAGGUUGGCGUCGCGCCAGAAAUACCUUGCCGAACGCGAAGCGCAACAACUCGCCCUACUCCGCCGCCAGGUCGCCGAGGAAGCAGAAGAGGAGGAGAGACUAGGCAACAAGCUGAGCGAGAGAGAAAGAGCCGAGUUUAAGAAGAAUCGUCAGACCCUGGAGCUGGCCGAGGCGCGAAAUGCCAUCGACGAUUCCCGACUACAAGGUGGCUUUCAUUUUCAAACGGACUCGGAUGACCCCCUCCUGGCGGAUACCAAGAGUAAAAACGACGUACUUUAUCGUCGACACAACGAUACGUAUGACGCAACGACUGAAUUCGCCCAGUUUGAAGCAGAACAACUACGUGCAAGUCGAAGUCAAAUUAAGUCGUCUGACGUAACUUCAGACGAAAGCCAGUGGGAAUUCGUCUUCGAUACAGCCAACGAGGUGCGCUUCACAGCGGAGGAUGUAGCUCGCAUGGACCCUGCCAAGCAAGCUCUUGAAGCUCAACUCGAUGCCGCGGAGAAGCGAAGUUUGUCAAUCCAAGAAACUCGCCAAUCCCUUCCAAUCUUCAAGUAUCGACAGGAGAUCAUCGAUGCUGUGGCCAACCACCAAACCCUAGUGCUGGUUGGAGAGACUGGUUCCGGAAAAUCGACACAAGUGCCGCAAUUUUUGGCGCAAGCGGGCUAUACGAAGAAUGGUGGGAUGAUCGCGGUAACCCAACCACGACGUGUGGCCGCCAUGAGUGUUGCCAAGCGCGUAGCAGAAGAGUAUGGCUGCAAGCUCGGCAACGAGGUUGGGUACGCUGUGCGAUUUGAACAGAAGGUAACCCCUGACAAGACUAUCCUGAAGUUUGCCACGGACGGAAUUUUGCUGCGCGAGGCCUUAACAGACCCGCUCCUUAGCCAGUACAACGUGAUCAUGAUCGACGAGGCACACGAAAGACCGGAAUUCAGACUUCUCAUCCUCUCCGCCACCAUCAACGCCAAACAGUUCUCGGAUUACUUCGAUUCAGCCCCGCUCUUUUCAGUUGAGGGACGCUCUCACCCGAUUGAUAUCCGUUACACCAUAGCUCCAGAAGCAAACUACCUAGCCGCAGCAUGCACGACUGCUUUACAAAUCCAUCUCGCAAGCCCGCUAGACGGUCACAUCCUCGUCUUCCUUACUGGCGAGGAAGAAAUUCUAGCUGCUGUGGAAAAUCUCGAGACAACUAUGAAGAAACUCGGGAGCAGAGUACCGGAGCUCAUUGUUCGUCCCCUGUAUAGCGCGCUAUCCAGUGAAGCUCAAGCGAAAGUGUUUGAGCCGACUCCGCCCAAUGCUAGGCUCGUUGUUGUUUCAACCAAUAUUGCUGAGACAUCAAUCACAAUCGACGGAAUCAAGCAUGUCAUCGACUGCGGCUACGAGAAGGCCCAAACUUACGACCCCGUCAGCAACGUCAGAUACGCAUACCGUCUUUACACGAAACACGCUUUCUACAACGAGCUCCCCGAGCAAACAGAGCCUGAGCUGCUCCGUAGUAACCUCGAUUCCGUUGUGCUCAUAUUGAAAGCUCUGGGAAUCGACAACCUCCUCGAGUUCGAAUUUUUGUCGCCACCGUCAAGUUCUUCUUUGAUUCGAUCCUUGGAAUCGCUCUACGCUCUCUCGGGACUGGACUCAACUGGGAGGUUGACGAAACUUGGACGGAAGAUGGCAGAAUUACCGCUCGACAUCAGGCUUUCGAAAGCUCUACUUGAAUCGGAGAAGUACAACUGCCGCGAGGAAGUGCUCAGCAUCAUAAGCUUGCUCGGGGAAAGUGCAUUAUGGCUUCGCCCUCGAGACAAGAAGGUCGCAGCUGAUGCGGCAAGAGCGAGAUUUGCAAGUACCGAGGGCGGCGAUUUCAUGACCUACCUCAACAUCUGGAUCCAGUACGAGGAAAGUGGCUUCGAUAGUCGUUGGGCUACUGAGAAUUUCCUCCAGUGGCGAUGUCUCAGUCGGGCUAGGAACGUUCGCGAUCAGCUCCAGAAUCUUUGCGACCGCGUUGAAGUACCGUAUUCGAGUUGUGGCAGCACAGAUCAUGUCGCCAUCCGGAAGUGCAUAACUUCGGCCUACUUCGGCAACGCUGCGAGGCUUGGGCGCGAUGGGCUGAGUUACCGCACAGUAUCGAACAACGGGAUGACCGUAUUCAUCCACCCCUCCUCGAGCUUGAUCGAAAACCGGCCAAAAUGGAUUGUCUUCUACGAGAUCGUAGAGUCGUCUAAGACUUACGUACGAUCCGUCCUACCCAUCCAGCCAGAAUGGCUGGUCGAGGUGGCACCUCACAUGCACACUGAGAGCUCGAUAGCCAAGCUCGGCGAUAACAAGAAGAUGCCCAAGGCGACGGCGAAGAUGCUCAAGGAAAGAUAG